AUGGAGCUCAACAUGGACUCGGCUCAGGAGCUACAGACCUAUAUCCACAGACUGUCUGUGUGUGUGGACCAGGGGAGACCAGCAAGGACACCAGGAGACACCAGGGACCAGGCUCUGGAGCCGUUAGACGAGGCGGAGGCGGCGGCCAUGAUGGAUCCAGACUUCCCCGAGGACGUGCUGCCGGAGAAAUCUGCUCAUGAGGUCCAGGUCUUUAACGUGGCAGAGUUUCACCAACUGUUCGUGGGCACAGAGCGACUACGCGGCUCUGAGCUGCUGUUCCAGCCCUCACUCACAGGAGACGACCAGAUGGGACUGAUGGAGGCGCUGCAGGACGUCCUGGACAGAUACAGCAGUGAUCAGCAGGAGCAGUUGGUGAAGAAUGUGUUUCUGAGCGGAGGAAACAUGUCGUAUCCAGGACUGAGGCAGAGAGUGGAGCGAGACCUGAGGACCAUGAGGCCCUUUGGGUCCUACUCACAGGUGACCAUAGGUGCACGUCUCUCCCUGGACUCCUGGUACGGGGCGAGGGCGUGGGCGCUGCAGAAUCCUCCUGGUGUCGGGGCGCAGGGCUGGAUCAGUCGCCAUGACUACGAGGAGCAGGGAGGAGAGUACCUGAAGGAGCACUGCGCCUCCAACGUCUAUGUCCCCCUGAGAAUCUCCAGACCUGCUCCUCCCCCCUCCUCUGCUCCACCCCCCUCCUCUGCUCCUCCCCCCAGCUCCGCUCCCCCCCUCUCCUCUGCCUCUCCCCCCUCCUCUGCUCCUCCCCCCUCCUCUGCUCCACCCCCCUCCUCUGCUCCACCCCCCUCCUCUGCUCCACCUCCCUCCUCUGCUCCACCCCCCUCCUCUGCUCCACCCCCCUCCUCUGCUCCUCCCCCCAGCUCCGCUCCCCCCCUCUCCUCUGCCUCUCCCCCCUCCUCUGCUCCUCCCCCCUCCUCUGCUCCACCCCCCUCCUCUGCUCCACCCCCCUCCUCUGCUCCACCUCCCUCCUCUGCUCCACCCCCCUCCUCUGCUCCACCCCCCUCCUCUGCUCCUCCCCCCAGCUCCGCUCCUCUCCCCAGCUCUGCCACUCCGCCCUCCUCUGCUCCCCCCCUCUCCUCUGCUCCUCCAACUUCUACUGCUCCUCCCCCCUCCUCUGCUCCUCCCCUCUCCUAUGCUCCUCCCCCCUCCUCUGCUCCUCCCCCCUCCUCUGCUCCUCCCCUCUCCUAUGCUCCUCCCCCCUCCUCUGCUCCUCCCCCCUCCUCUGCUCCUCCCCUCUCUGAGGCCUGA